ACCGCUGGGUUGCAGUGUCUAACUCAAACUGACCCACACAGAGUUAUAUCUGCAGCUCAAUAGCUGUCAUCACCCAGCAAAGUGCAGUAGUGUGUGACGCUCCGUGCUACAUAGAGGGCAAGCGGUCUCAGAUUCCGACACCCUGCCAGAACAACUUCUCUGCAGCAAACAAAAGACUUUUGCAGAGAUGGUAGUUCCAAACCAGUGUUGUUGUGGGUGCUCGCUCAGGACUGGCACCAUCAUCAUUGCCGUCUUGAGUAUGUUGUGGUGCCUUUUUCAAUUAGCAAUAACAGCGUACGGUUUGCACAACUCCCUUCAGUACUUCAGCGAUGAUGUAAACAGGGAAACAUCAGAUUUGGUCCGCGGCGGGUUCCAGCCGCGCCUUCCGACUUCGCUGCCGCCCCCAGGGCAGCAGCAGCAGCCGUCGCCGCUACCACGCCGACAGCCCGUCCCGUUGAUGCCUCCCGCGCAGCUUCAUUCGGGAGCGCCCCCGGUGGUCGCUCCGGCGCCUGCGGUCCCUCUUCAGUCGCCACCGCCUUCGGAGCUGAUGGACGUCGACCCCUCAGCCGGGCCGCCUUCCCAAGCGGUGGCUGUGCAGCCUGUCCUGCUGCCGCUUUCCUUGGGCACCCCCAAGGAGUCUGACACCGCAGCGCCUUGUCCGGCGCCCACUCAGCAGCCGUCGACGCAGCGUCAGGAGACGCUGCCUCUCUUCGUGGGUCCCGCCGACCCGUCGCGUCCAGUGCCAGAAGCUGCGCCCGUGGUCACAGGCGUGCACCCUGACCUCGGUUUUCAGUCGGGUUUCCCGAGGCCCCUCGCAGCCACUGCUGGGGUGCGGACCGGGGACUGCCACCGACAACAGUCUCCGCCCCGGUCUCUUCUGCUACGCCUGCGGCCAGACCCCUCCCCCGCCGUCGACGCUCGCCACGUCAUUAUUCAACGACGGUGCGGCGAUUUGGGGGGGGAGGAGUGUUAUAUCCUAGCCAGUAAUGCCAACCGAGCCAGCUGCCACAAGGUUGGCAGCAUCAAAGUCCGGACGCCGUCCGCAUAAGCAGCGCCAGCGAUACAGGAAAUCGCCGCAAGUCUGCGCGCGCCACCGCUGGCUUCUGGCUUCUUAAGCGCUGGAGUCGCGAGCGCUAGGACAGUUCUGUAUUCGCCGCUCAGUUGUAUACUCGCCACCGAAUUGUGUACUCGCUAGUCAGUUGUGUGUUCAUCGCAGCCGAGUUGUUGUUUGUCGUCAGCCGACGCUGACCUAGCCGCUCCGACUCGAACU